AUGGCCAACUCACGACAUGGACAUGGAACACCAGUAUUCAGCACUGUAUCAUCGGCAGCUUCGAUAAGUUCACUACACGGGAUUGACACGCCUCAAAGCGAAGGGGACGGGCUGAUAGACGUCGAAAGCCAGAGCGACAGGCAGAGCAGGCAGUAUGGAAGCAUAUCAGAGCAAAGUCGAGUCGAACAUCGGACCAAAUUCAAGAAACGAGUUAAAUACUACAUCCCAGCUACCGCGUGGAUUCCUAGCUAUUCGUUAUCUCUGCUCGGCGGCGACGUUCUAGCCGGGAUGACCGUGGCCAGCAUGCUCAUACCCCAAUCUGUCAGUUAUGCGUCUUCCCUCGCAAAGUUGAAUCCGACAACGGGGUUGUUUGCAGCUUCUUUCCCCGGAAUCGUAUACGCCUUUCUCGGAACUUCGAGACAACUGAAUGUAGCACCUGAGGCUGCGCUGAGUCUGCUGCUUGGUCAGGCUGUAGAUGAUAUACGGCAUGACCUGUCCGAUCCACACUCGGGGGAAGGCGAUAGGCUAGGUCUGCAUGUUGCGACGAUUAUCACUCUCCAGGCCGGCCUCAUAACGUUCCUUCUUGGACUCUUCAGGCUGGGGUUCAUUGAUGUCGUUCUGAGCCGGGCGUUGCUGAGAGGGUUUAUUACGGCCAUUGCUGUUGUUAUUACCAUUGAACAGCUGGUGCCGAUGCUAGGGUUAACCGCCUUGGAACACGCCCUUCAUCCGGGAACGACAUGGGACAAGUUCAUUUUCAUACUGGACCACUUUGUAAAGCAUACAAAUCUUACUACCGCGUCCAUCAGCUUCGGAGCAUUCUUUACGCUCAUUUUCAUGAGAAAAGCGAAGCAGAGCUUUGUCAAGUAUUGGUGGAUAUACCGGAUACCAGAGGUCUUGGUUGUGGUUAUUAUCUCAACGAUAUUGUCGGCCGAGUUCGGUUGGGAUGAAGAUGGCGUGGAUAUCCUAGGUUCGGUGCCUAUAACCACUGGCGCUUCAUUUUUCCAGUUUCCUUUGCGAUCAUCCAAUGUGCGAUAUCUACGGCGAACGACGUCUACUGCAGUUAUGAUUGCGAUCAUCGGUUAUUUGGAUAGCAUCGUUUCAGCGAAGCAGAAUGGAGCUAGGUUUGGGUACAGUAUCAGUCCUAAUCGCGAGUUAGUGGCCCUAGGAGCCAGCAACAUUGCGAGUUCGUUUAUUCCUGGCACUCUUCCUGCAUAUGGCUCGAUUACGAGGUCGAAGAUAAACGGUGACGUAGGCGGACGGACCCAAAUGGCGUCUCUCGUUUGCUCCGCCGUGAUUCUAUUGGCGACGUUUUUCCUCCUUCCUUUCCUUUAUUAUCUUCCCAAGUGUGUUUUGGCUUCAAUUAUUUGCCUUGUUGUGAUAUCUUUGCUUGCAGAAAGCCCACAUGAUGUCAGGUAUUACAUCAAAAUGAGGGCAUGGGUAGACCUGGCACUGAUGACGCUCACGUUUGUGUUAUCGAUAGUGUGGAAUGUAGAGGUAGGAGUUGGUGUUAGCCUGGUGAUUUCACUUCUCCUUGUCGUGCACCGGUCUUCUAAGACCCGUAUGACAAUCCUUGGUCGUCUACCCCGCACGGACAGGUGGAAACCCAUUAGCGAGAACCCUGAUGCGAAAGAGGACGUUCCAGGGGUGUUAAUUGUUAGAAUCCGGGAGAAUCUCGAUUUUGCGAACACGGCGCAAUUGAAAGAACGACUGAGAAGGUUGGAGCUCUAUGGUGUGGAUAAGAGCCAUCCUUCGGAAGAGCCAAGGAGGCAAUUGGCUCAAGUGCUGGUCUUUCACAUGGCCGACGUAGAAACUUGUGAUGCUUCUGCCGUACAGAUGUUCCGUGAGCUAUUUGAAGAAUAUCUGAACCGGGGUGUCGGAUUGUUUGUGACGCAUUUACGACCGGAGCCGCAAAAGAUGUUUACCACGGCGGGGAUUGUAGACCUUUUGGGACCAGAGGCUUUUCAGGAGAAUGUGGCUGAUGCUAUAGCAAUCAUUGAGGGGAGGUCAUGAUGCAUGAUGAUAUACCGACUUUCUGGAUAUAGAUGUACUGUCUGUCUAUUUAGAGCACACUAUAGCUUCUGUAGUAUUUAAGGGACGACCCUUUACCGGUAAUUACCUGUUACCCAGGAUCCAGAUUAUCAUAAUUUAGUGGG